AUGGAGCUCGAGUUCUACGCGUCGGGCAAGCGUGGCAUGCUCUUCGUCAAUAAGCUCAGGACGGCCUUGGUCAAGGUGCAAAAGCUCGACGGGCACGGGAUCGAGGUCAUCGAGAAGGAGACCAAGUGGCUGCGUAUCGUCAACCGCGUCUCGAUCGGGCCGCGGCUCCUCGGCGCCGGCGACGGGUACUUGAUGUGCGAAUUCCUCGCCGACGGCGUCGACGUCGUCGCCUUUCUGCAGCGCCCCUCGACGUCGCGCGCCGACGCCACCUGGUGUCUUCGCAGCGUCCUGUACCAAUGCUACGCCGAUCGGCUCGGCAUCAACAAGGCCGAGAUGAGCCACCCGAUGCGCCACAUCAUCGUCGUCGGUGCCCGCGUCGUCUUCGUCGACUUUGAGAAAUGCACGUACGGCCGGCAGCGACGGAAUGUUACCCAAGUCUGCCAGUUCCUGGCCUCGCCACGCAUCGUGUCGGCGGUCGCGGCCAAAGGCCACAGCUUCGCCCUCGACAAGCUGCGCGCAGCGACCAAAGCGUACAAGGCCAACCCGCACUCGUCGACGCUGGCCGCCAUCUUGCAAGCGCUGCAUCUCGCAUGAGCCGCCGCGUCGCGCGACCCGAUGCCAAUCAA